CCCUUCCUGAAUGCACUUCUCUUCCCGACCCCAAACAGUGCAAUGGAUAAAGAAAUCGGAAACGGAAACUAAAAUUCCCUUGUCCCCUUGCGAGGGAUGUUUUGCGAAGAAGAGAGACGGCGGGACUAAAGGGGUCGUGGAGCUGUGGCUUGGUUAGAUGAGUGUGGGGCGGGCUCUUUGCAACUCUUGACACCAUCCGUGGGGCCGCCUGUGUCCGGGACUGGGGCGGGACCAGAGGAAUACCAAAGUGUCUGAUAGGGAGGGGGCGGGACCAGUGGAACGCUGAGGGCUGCCAAUGUGGGCAGGGUGAAGAAGGUGCUAGUUAGCCAGCCAAAGUCCUAGCAGGUAAGUGGGAGCGGCGCUCCAUGUGCUAGGCUUGAGGGGCUGCUCCGAUUCCCUUCAUCCCCCUCCCGCCGCUGGGCCGUAGUCGUCCCGGAGUGGUCGCUUCGUAGCGCCGGCAUCUGCACUUGUAGGCACCUAGCUGCCCUGUGAGAGCGCUGUCCUAUGUGUGGCAACGGAAGCUCAGAAAGGCAACUGAGCGUGCUUAGCCGAUCCUUUCGUUUUCGUAGCCAAAAUACCAAAGCUGUGUGUCUAUCAGGCAGGCGGAGCUUUUGCCCGCCACGCAUUCUUCUCCGGGUGCGAGAGUUCUCCUUCGCCCACCCAACCAGCGGGCUCCUGUUUCCACCGGCCUCAAACGAACUAACCUCUUGGUGGUUGCCCACCUCCAACGACCGCUUGUUCCCCCUUCGCUUGCGAGGGGCUCGCCGGACCCGUUUUCCUUCUGUCUUCUCCCGAUCGGUUUAUGGUCGGACCCUCAAAGCCCAGCCCCAGGCUGUGCCAUGGCUUUCGCCAAUUUCCGUCGCAUCUUGCGCCUCUCUACCUUUGAAAAGCGGCGAUCCAAGGAGUUUGAGAAUGUUCGCCGAGACCUGGACCCCAAUGAAGUCUGGGAGAUCGUCGGAGAGGUGGGCGACGGCGCCUUCGGAAAAGUGUACAAGGCCAAAAACAGAGAGACGGGUGCCUUAGCUGCUGCCAAAGUCAUUGAGACCAAGAGUGAAGAUGAGCUGGAGGACUACAUGGUAGAGAUUGAGAUCCUUGCAACCUGUGACCACCCUUACAUUGUAAAGCUGCUAGGAGCCUUUUAUAAUGACAGCAAAUUAUGGAUCAUGAUCGAGUUUUGCCCUGGUGGAGCAGUGGAUGCUAUUAUGCUAGAACUGGAUCGAGGCUUGACCGAACCCCAGAUCCAAGUGAUCUGCCGCCAGAUGCUAGAAGCCCUUAACUACCUCCACAGCAAGAAGAUUAUCCAUCGGGACCUAAAGGCGGGCAAUGUACUGCUGACCCUGGAUGGAGACAUCAAGCUUGCGGACUUUGGCGUAUCUGCCAAAAACAUGAAGACUCUGCAAAGACGGGAUUCCUUUAUUGGCACACCAUACUGGAUGGCUCCUGAAGUGGUGAUGUGCGAGACCAUGAAAGACACCCCCUACGAUUACAAGGCUGACAUCUGGUCCUUGGGCAUAACUCUGAUAGAAAUGGCCCAGAUAGAGCCUCCUCAUCAUGAACUCAAUCCCAUGAGGGUCCUGCUGAAAAUAGCCAAAUCUGAUCCUCCCACUCUUAACUAUCCCUCAAAGUGGUCCCCAGAAUUCAAAGACUUCCUGAAGACUGCACUUGAUAAGAACCCCGAGACACGUCCAAGUGCAGCACAGCUGCUGGAGCAUCCCUUUGUCUGCAAGGUCACUACUAACAGAGCCCUACGUGAGCUUGUGGCAGAAGCAAAAGCUGAAGUGAUGGAGGAAAUUGAAGACAAUAGAGAGGAAGGAGAAGAUGAUGACUCAUCAGAAUGUGCAUCUACCCACAAUGUUCACAAGAGGGAUUCCUCUGGUGCAAGCCAACUAAGUUUGGAAGGAGAGAAGUUGCCAGAAAACCGCUUGUCACUUCUGGCUAAUGGACCCAAGUUGCCUUUGGAGCAGGUCAAAGAAGCCAUAAAUGGGCAAGGCAACCAGCUUUUGGGUGAAAGAGCUGAUGACAAAACACCAGCAAAAACUACAGGUAAUUCAAACUUGUCAGGGAUUGAGGAUUAUACAGAUGUGUCCAACGUGAAAGGCAAGCCAGAUACCAGCCCCCACUUGCUGCGACUCAACAAAAACAUUAAACCAGCCGAGAACAAGGACAUUAGCCACCAAAAUAAAGACACUGAAGCAGCAAGCAAAGAUGAUUCAAAUGUAGGAAUCCAGCCAGAAAGCAGACUCCUUGAAACACCAACCGAAGAAAAACUCCCCAAUGGGAGUUUGAAUUCUUCCUCUCAGUUUGAGAAUGGCAGCUCAAAGCAGGACUCUGAUUCUGGUAGCACCUCUGCUUCAGAAAGCAUGGACCUCAGCGUCUCCUUGUCUGCUGACCUGUCCCUGAACAGAGACAGUGGAUCUCUUUCUCUGAAGGAUGCAAAAAUGCAGAAGAUGACACUGAAACGCACCAGGAGAUUCGUUGUGGAUGGAGUAGAAGUGAGCGUCACCACCUCGAAAAUCAUCAGCGAAGAUGAAAAGAAAGAUGAAGAGAUGAGAUUCCUCAGGCGCCAGGAGCUGCGGGAGUUGCGUCUGCUUCAGAAAGAGGAGCACCGGAACCAGACCCAGCUGACUUGCAAGCAUCAGCUGCAGCUAGAGCAAAUGCUGAAGCGCUUUGAACAGGAGAUGAACACAAAGAAGAAAUUCUAUGACACAGAACUAGAAAAUCUAGAACGUCAGCAGAAGCAACAGAUUGAAAAGAUGGAGCAAGAUCACACACUGCGCCGGCGUGAAGAGGCCAAGCAUAUCCGUACUGAGCAGGAACGGGAGCUUGUUAAAUUUCAAGAGCAGCUGAAGCAAAAGAAGAAGGAGCUUAAGAGCGACACUGAAAAGCUCCCACGACAACAGCGCAAGGGGGCCAUGAAAACGAAGAUGGAGGAAUUUGUACAAAAAAAGCAAGUCAUGGAGCAAGAGUUUGAAGCCAAACAGUCUGCGGAUCUGGAGCAGGCCAUGAGGAAUAUCACAGCCCAAAAUCGGAAAGAGAUCUGUGACAAGGAGCGAGAGUGCCUCAACAAAAAACAGCAACUUAUGAGAGACCGGGAAGCCACAAUCUGGGAGCUGGAAGAGCACCACCUUCAGGAGAAACACCAGCUUCUUAAACAGCAGUUAAAAGAUCAGUACUUCCUACAGAGGCAUGAGCUGCUCCGAAAGCAUGAGAAGGAGCGUGAGCAAAUGCAAAGGUAUAACCAGCGAAUGAUGGAGCAGCUGAAAAUUCGGCAGCAGCAAGAGAAAACCCGGCUCCCAAAAAUCCAGAGGAGUGAAGGGAAGACCCGCAUGGCCAUGUAUAAGAAGAGUCUCCAUAUUAAUUCCAGUGGAAGUGCCUCAGAACAGCGGGAGAAGAUAAAACAGUUUGCACAGCAAGAGGAAAAAAGGCAGAAAGUUGAGCGAUUGCAGCAGCAGCAGAAACAUGAUGUGCAGAUGAAGGAUAUGAGUGCCCAGUGCGAGAGCAACAUGAAUGAACUCCAGCAGUUACAGAAUGAGAAGUGUCAUCUCUUAGUUGAACAUGAGACCCAGAAACUAAAAGCUUUGGAUGAAAACCACAAUCUGAACUUGAAGGACUGGCGGGAUAAGCUGAGGCCACGAAAGAAGGCUUUGGAAGAUGAGCUGAAUCAGAAGAAACGAGAGCAAGAAAUGUUCUUCAAACUCAGUGAGGAGGCUGGUGGUCAGUCUCCAACGUCGCCAAACAAGCCUGCCAAGUUUGUCCCAUUCAGCUCUGCAGAGACGUCAUAACCCUUGGAUUAGUGGGCAAAAAGGCAAUUCCGGGUUUUGUCCACAGAGGAAAAGUCAACCUAGAGGACUAUCAGGGCUCCCUUUCCUUCUGUGCCAACUCUGAUUAGUGUGUCCUCUUGUGUGUAAGAUAACCAACAAGGCCUGAGGUCUGUUCCACUGGAGAGGAGACAGCUUCACAUUUAGGUGGCCCUGGCUGGUGCUGACCAAUUGCACUAGGAGAGUUGUGGAUGAGCUUCAAAUAGGGGAGCUAAUGGAGUCAUGUGCACAGUUCAUGCCUCUUGCUGAACCCAUUGCCUAGCCAUUGGGCAGUUUUCUCUCUCACCAUCUGUUGGAGGGAUAAAUGUAGGUGACCUAAAAGAUUGUUGAUGGUUGUUAAGCACUGCUGAUAAACUUGUCUGUUUAAUUUUCCUAACUGGUUCUCACGUUAGGCCCACUCGGUGGCUUCAUUUAACAGCGUGAGCUUUGUCUUAAUGGUUGGACCCUUGACUGCCUUGAUGCACAGAGGGUUCAGCUUGACAGCCUUACAAAAGGCAAUGAUAAAUUAUCUGCCUUUAUUGUGGCCUCCAUCUCUGUCAGUUAAGCAAAGGGCUCCUUCUAGGUCUUCCCCGUCAAACAUGUGUUCCUCAGCUUGUUUUGAAGUGACCCCACACACCUCCUGGUAAAGUGCGACACAAUUUCUUUCCUUUCUCAAAUGUAGGGUAGAGUUACCAAGGCCUGAAACAUCCAAGUGAAGUGUUUCAGUCAAAACCAAUCCCAAGCCCAGGGCUGACAAAGAAGGUAGUCAGAGGUUUAUAACCCAACUUGGAGUGUAUUUCAAUAGUUGUGAAGGCUGUGGGUGGGUGUGUAGAAAUUGCUGUCCAGUUUUGAGAAGUUUAGAUUAACACACCCUGCCCUAAACAAACGGUUUUAAAUUAACACGUUGGGCAGAGAUCACAGAGUUCAGAUCCUAAAGUGAUGGGCAAUACAACGGCACAGUUAGCUCAGCGAUGGCUUCCCAUUGCUUGUUGUAUAGAAUGGCCAAGAUCAGUUCUCCUGAUAGUCUGUUGGGAGUAUGGCAUCACAACCUAAAAAGGAUGAAGUUUCUUUGCUCUUCACAAUACUCGCUGCCGUACCUCUUCAUUUGUGAUGUAACGGGUUUUUUUUUCCUGUGGUGAUUGACAAGGAGUUCUCUCUCCUAGCUCCCUUUCUUUCCCUAUUGCCUACUAGUAUAGGGGAAAGCCCAUGCUCAGGUUAUGGCAAGAGCUAAUGACUGCUCUUCCAAUAUAGUAUAUAGAAGAAAAGUAAAUGUCUUGCAGCAAGAUUGCGGCUGGCCUAAGGUUGAAGGCACCUUCUUUUGCAUUCUCUCAUGCGAGUAUCAUAAAACAGCAAAUGCUAGCUUUGGGUUUAUUUGUUUUAAAGUCUGCUGUUAAACUGUUGGUAGUGAUGCGAUUGGAGGACAUAAUAUUAGCAUAAACUAGCAUUUGAGUCAUUGUGUAUGGCUUUACAGUUGCUUUAAGUUUGCAGUAAGCCAGAAUGAUCCACACAAGAGGAGCCAAAUAGACUGGAAUAGAAUAUUUUACAUUUAAAAUGCUGUUCAGCAUUUUAUAAUCUUUAAGUCUUCCAAAGGCUGUUUUUAAACCAAAGAAGUGUCUUUUUUCCCUCAUCCACCCCCACCUCAUUUGACUAUUAAAAUAGAUAUUCAGAGGUUUCAAAGCUUUGUCUGCUUGGCCAGUUUGCAGUCCCCGAGACAGCCUACACAGUUUAUUGCACCAUCUCAAAGCACUUAAAUAUUAAGGUAGCAACAUGGUCCAGAGUUCCUUUAUGUAUAUCACUCAGGACCUUUGCAGCAAUAGCUCUGUGUAGGAAAUAAUGCUUUUGUCUUCUGUUCCCAGUGUAUCAUCCUCUUAAGCGAUGUUGCUGAUGACAUAAUUUCUGUUCUCGGAGUUUACUUGCUGGAAUGAAAAUGGUGGUCUUGCAAACUCAUGGCUGCUGGCAGGCUGCAGUCUCAGUGCAAUAUUGAGUACAUUAAAAGUGUCAGAACCAGACCCAAAUGUCUGUUUAAGAGCCUCUGGAUUCCAGAGGCUAGAAAAUGUGCAUCCAGAAACCACUUGAAUCCCUUUGCUGCACUGUUUUAAAUCAUUGUGUGUGUUAAGAUAUUGCAUGUGAGAGAAAUUGUAACAGAGGCUGCAAAUGGUUGUGUCCUGAGAAUUCAGAGAAGUAAACUUUUUCCAAACUUUA